AGAAACGCAUAAUUUGAAGCAGCAACAGCAGCAGCGGGAAGCUCGUCGCGGCGAUGAGCACGCUUCUCGAGAUUUACCGCCAGACUUUCCCAAAGCGGCUGCGCUUUGACAAGGCGAGUCAGGUGCUCUACGCCCAGUGCUACUCCAUCGCGAGGCAGCACAAACACAGGAAGUACAUCCCACAGCGCGAGAUUCGAAAUGUGCUGAACGGCUACGAGCCAAUGCCCGGCGCCCCGUGGCUACAGCUGCCCAUUGUGCGCCACAUCCUCCUCAUUCGUCUCAUUAACGGCUUUCGCGGCUACUUUGGAUACAGGUCGUGGCUGUACAACCGCAGCGUGGAGGCAGAGUACCGUGCCAUUGACAGCUGGCUCGACAAGGCCGUCAAGGCGCCCAUCGGCAGACGAGGGAGCAGCGGCGGCAACACCAGUGGUGGCGGUGUUAACAGCGGCAGUAACAACGCCUCUUCUUCGGAUCGUGCCUUUGCCUCCAGAAAGCAGCCGACCGCGCAGGGCCGAUUGGACGGCAUGGUGGAGAGGGAAAGGUUUGAGAAGGAGGUGCUGAUGAACUUCCACGUCGCGACGGUGUACCAGCGCAUGUUCCGCGUCGGCUUCGUUGUGGUGCUCCUUCUGUGUUGUAUCAUCUACGCCUCGCUGCGCACGGACAGCCUGGUCUACUGGUACCUCACCUACUACCGUCGCUACGGUCGUUCGGAGGUGCUCGCGUAUUUCCGUGACAUCACUGCGCUGCACACUUUUUCUGAGGUCCCAACAGCGUACGCUGGCGUUCUCCCGCCGCCCUGUGUGCGACGUGUGAGCCCCACCGGCGAUGUGUCCUACGCCGUAAACAUCGUGGAGCUGGUGAUGCCGGACCGCGGCGUCACCGUCUUCGCCAUCCCGUGUCCUCAGAUGGGCGAGCGGGCUUUCUUUCAGCAGGUCGGGGAGGUAGCCUCGGCGUGCGACGGCGUGGUGAUGGAGGGGGUGACCUUUGAGAAGAGUGACAAGCUCCCCCCGGUGGUGUUUUUGCCCCUGAAGAACAACACCUUCCCCGUGAUUGGCGUGCAUCAUCGCUUCCUGGAUAUCUUGCGCCGCUCCUCCGACGAGCCACCGAUGCUGUACCCGGCCGGGGCGGAGGUCGACUGGAGGGCCUACGCGAUGCAGGUCAUGAUCCCCUACGAGCUGCGGUGCGUGUACAACCCAACACACUUGUCCGCCACGAAGGGGGAGGCGCGGAUUGGGUGGGGACGUCUGCGGCAAGUGUUGGAGGAGGUGGGCGAGACCGGGACAGACUCGGCGGAGCAGGAGCGGCGUGUGAUCUGCAUUCCCUGGACGCUGAACCAGAUAGUGAACAUUGAGGCGAGUCUCGUGAAGUACGGCUUUACAGUGCGCAAUGUCUACCCCCUGCACUGGCUGCGUGAGGAUUACAUGGGAGAACACUUCUGCGAUUACUUCGGCAUCGUCUAA